AUGAUUUCAAGCGGACAUCUUUUCAAAGAAUUUCAUUUAUUGGUGAAUGCACAUGAAAGCAAGAAGACUUCUCUUCGUUUGUAUCAUCAUCAUCAUCCUUAUCGGAAAAACAAUGAAAUUCAAAACAAGCCUUUUCUUUCUAGAGAUGUUAUAGAGCCAGGUGUUAAUAAUUAUCUGACUCCUCUGUAUGGCCAUUCGAUUGGACUCAUUACUAAUCCUUCGGGACAAUCCUAUUCUCUUUCAAGAUCUACCAUUGAUUUAUUAAUGGAAUUAUCAAAAGAAGGAAAAUUAAAAUUAAUCGCUUUAUUUGCGCCCGAACAUGGAGUGUAUGGAGAUAAACCUCCUGGACAAUAUUUUGGAGAUUACAUAGAUUCCGUGACUCAUUUACCAGUAUAUAGCUUGUAUAAUGAUCAACAUUCUCAAAAUGAUUUAUACAAACCUUUACCUUACAUGUUGAAAAAUAUCACCAUGCUGGUGUUGGACAUUCAAGAUGUUGGAAUGAGACCUUUUACAUUUAUCAGUACCAUGUGUGAAUCUUUGAAAAGUUCUAAAGAAAAUCAUGUGAAAUUUACAAUUUUGGAUCGAAUUGAUUAUUUGAAUGGACGAGUGAUUGGAGGACCCAUGUUGGAUUUAAAAUAUCAAAGUUUUAUUGGAAUUUACAAGCUACCACUCAUUACUGGUAUGACCAUGGGAGAGCUUGCAAAAUUGUUUGACACUGAAAUGAAUAUUCAAAUGGGAGAUCAAUUAAGUAUCAUUCCAGUGAAAGAUGACUCUUCAAAGACCUAUUCCAAGAAGAGACCUUCUUUUCGAGAAAUUAGAGAAUAUUUCAAACAGCCCAUCUUGUAUUUACCACCAAGUCCAAAUCUUCCCUAUGUAGAUACAGUAGAAUUAUAUUCUGGUUUGGUGUUGUUUGAGGCAAUGUACAAUGUGUCUAUUGGAAGAGGAACUACUAAUCCAUUCCAAGUCAUUGGUGCUCCAUUUAUAGAUUCAAGAAAAUGGGUUCAAUUAUUGCAUUCACAGUAUUCAAAAGAAUUGGACAUGUAUUUCAAAUAUGUGCAAAUAUCUUACCCAACCUAUUUUAUUCCCACUCAGGAUAUUCACACGAAUAAGCAAUGUGAAGGUAUUAGACUAGUGUUGAGACCACUCGACUAUUCGUCCGAUUCCCAAAUUGAUGAGUAUUACCAGAGCUUUUUACCAAUCUCACUUACCUUGAUCAAAUCAUUGUUGAAGCUCUACGAUGCAAAUCAAUUGAUGUGGCGAAAUAGCUUUGCCAAGUCAUUGAUAGGAAAUGACCAAACGAUUCAGCUCAUUCUAGACCCAACCGUGAGUGUAGAAGAAAUUGUCAGAUCAUGGCAACCUGACCUAGAUGCUUUCAAUACUAUUCGUUCUCGAUAUUUAAUAUACAAGUGA